AUGGCUCGGGAUGUGGCUGAUGGUAAUAGGGGUACACCAUGGUGGUUCGAAAUAAAUGCUUCAGAGGAUUUAAUCCAAAAUUGGAUGGUCGCAGAAAGAAAAGACGAGGAGCCACGUAACGCUGACAAAUGGAACAAGGCCCAAGAGUUAAACAAGAUUACUCAAUCCGUUUCUGAUAGAAAACGGAAAAGUUUCGCUGUGGCUGAGGUUGAGAGAAAAUUUAAUACUGCUAAGGCAGCGAGAGCUGUAAAAAAGACAGAAAGAGAUCAAGCACUUCAAAAUUCAUGGGAUAGCGAGUUCGAACGCUGGAUGGAAGAGCUGAAGAUUGCAGACUCCCACGAUGGCCGAUACACAGGACCUGAUGAAGACGGUGUUUAUUGGCCCUCUCAAAGCCUUAUAAAUAUCAAUAAAGAUAUUAGCAUGAGGCAUCUCGCAAAAUGCAUGCCAAGUUUUCAGGAGCCUGGAUCUAGAGGUGUACACUGCAAGGACUGCGAAGAUGAAAAUGAAGUUGGUCGCUUCUGGGAUGAGGUUCACAGGCUUAGACUUCAAGGACAUGGAAUAUUGUACUAUUAG